AUGACUCUUACACCCAAGCGCAAGUGGUACAUAGCAUUUGUGAUUGCAGGUGAGCAAAUUAUAUUUUAACAAUACCAUUUAUGAAUAUUUAUGUUAACUAUUUAUGAAAAUGUUUGUCCCAUAUGAGCAAAUAGUGUGUUUCACAAAAUACUUAAAACACAAUAUGUUGUGUACUACAUGUACACACAGGGCUCUAAGAUUUCAUAUAGUAGUUUUGUGUGUACAGUUGAAGUUGGAAGUUUACAUACACUUAGGUUGGAGUCAUUAAAACUCGUUUUUCAACCACUCCACAAAUUUCUUGUUAACAACCUAUAGUUUUGGCAAGUUGGUUAGGACAUCUACUUUGCAUGACACAAGUAAUUUUUCCAACAAUUGUUUACAGACAGAUUAUUUCACUUAUAAUUCACUGUAUCACAAUUCCAGUGGGUCAGAAGUUUACAUACACUAAAUUGACUGUGCCUUUAAACAGCUUGGAAAAUUCCAGAAAAUUAUGUCAUGGCUUUAGAAGCUUCUGAUAGGCUAAUUGACAUAAUUUGAGUCAAUUGGAGGUGUACCUGUGGAUGUAUUUCAAGGACUACCUUCAAACUCAGUGCCUCUUUGCUUGACAUCAUGGGAAAAUCAAAAGAAAUCAGCCAAGACCUCAGAAAAAAAAUGGUAGACCUCCACAAGUCUGGUUCAUCCUUGGGAGCAAUUUCCAAACGCCUGAAAGUACCACGUUCAUCUGUACAAACAAUAGUACGCAAGUAUAAACACCAUGGGACCACACAGCCGUCAUACCGCUCAGGAAGGAGAUGCGUUCUGUCUCCUAGAGAUGAACGUACUUUGGUGCAAAAAGUGCAAAUCAAUCCCAGAACAACAGCAAAGGACCUUGUGAAGAUGCUGGAGGAAACAGGUACAUAAGUAUCUAUAUCCACAGUAAAACAAGUCUUAUAUCGACAUAACCUGAAAGGUCGCUCAGCAAGGAAGAAGCCACUGCUCCAAAACUGCCAUAAAAAAGCCAGACUACGGUUUGCAACUGCACAUGGGGACAAAGAUCGUACUUAUUGGAGAAAUGUCCUCUGGUCUGAUGAAACUAAAAUAGAACUGUUUGGCCAUAAUGACCAUCGUUAUGUUUGGAGGAAAAAGGGGAACGCUUGCAAGCCGAAGAACACCAUCCCAACCGUGAAGCACGUGGGUGGCAGCAUCAUGCUGUGGGGGUGCUUUGCUGCAGAAGGGACUGGUGCACUUCACAAAAUAGAUGGCAUCAUGAGGAAGGAAAAUUAUGUGGAUAUUUUGAAGCAACAUCUCAAAACAACAGUCAGGAAGUUAAACCUUGGUCGCAAAUGGUCUUCCAAAUGGACAAUGACCCCAAGCAUACUUCCAAAGUUGUGGCAAAAUGGCUUAAGGACAACAAAGUCAAGGGUAUUGGAGUGGUCAUCACAAAGCCCUGACCUCAAUCCUAUAGAGAAUUUGUGGGCAGAACUGAAAAAGCGUGUGUGAGCAAGGAGGCCUACAAACCUGACUCAGUUACACCAGCUCUGUCAGGAGCAAUGGGCCAAAAUUCACCCAACUUAUUGUGGGAAGCUUGUGGAAGGCUACCCGAUACAUUUGACCCAAGUUAAACAAUUUAAAGGCAAUGCUACCAAAUACUAAUUGAGUGUAUGUAAACUUCUGACCCACUGGGAAUGUGAUGAAAGAAAUAAAAGCUGAAAUAAAUAAUUCUCUCUACUAUUAUUCUGACAUUUCACAUUCUUAAAAUAAAGUGGUGAUCCUAACUGACCUAAGACAGGGAAUUUGUACUAGGAUUAAAUGUCAGAAAUUGUGAAAAACUGAGUUUAAAUGUAUUUGGCUAAGGUGUAUGUAAACUUCCGACUUCAACUGUAGGUUCUCAGCAAAUAAUCAUUUAUUUAAUAUUAUUGGGUUAAUCCACAGUGGUUACUCUGCUCACUGACAUUUCCAUUGUAUAAAUUCCCUAUUGCUUUGCGAAAGUUCAGAAACAGCACUGUGAAGUAUAUGACUACUAACAGCACUGUGAAGUAUAUGACUAAAAACAGCACUGUGAAGUAUAUGACUACUAACAGCACUGUGAAGUAUAUGACUACUAACAGCACUGUGAAGUAUAUGACUACUAACAGCACUGUGAAGUAUAUGACUACUAACAGCACUGUGAAGUAUAUGACUACUAACAGCACUGUGAAGUAUAUGACUACUAAUAUCCUGGUCUACUUUGUUUUCCAAUUAAUCUGUUAACUAAUAGCAAAUGAGAACUGAAACACGUCUGUGUCCACCUCUUAUCAACUCACACAUACACAGGACCUUUGACAUGGCAAUACAAUAUAACAUCUUUACCUCAUUGUAUGUUUAUCAUUAUUUUCCACUCAUGUAGUUGUUUGCACCAAUGAAGGAGCAUCUCGAGUUCUAGAUAGAAGUAAGUAUAGUGAAGCAGACUUGUAAUUCAUUCUGUUAUUAAGUUUGAUCUUAAUAAAAAAGAAUAAUAAUGUAAUUCCAUGAUGGCAAUCAUACACUGUAGUUCCUCUAUAUGUGACUAUCAUAUAAAUACCCAGUCCCUUAAUGUGGGACUUUACAAAACAAUUAUUUUCCAGCCUCCACAGUCAGUGCUGGAGGAGUACGUUUAGUGGAUGGCCCAAACAACUGCUCUGGCAGGGUGGAGGUGUACUAUGCAGGCCAGUGGGGUACAGUGUGUGAUGAUGACUGGGACCUUCUGGAUGCCAAGGUAGUGUGUAGAGCACUGGGCUGUGGGGUGGCCCUGGGAGCCCCGGACCAGGCCCACUUUGGCCAAGGGAGGGGGGAGAUCUGGCUAGAUGAUGUGGAAUGUUCUGGGAAUGAAGAGUCACUGCUUGGCUGCAGCUCAGAUGGACUGGGGUCACACAACUGUGGACAUUCUGAGGAUGCAGGAGCGAUAUGUGAGGGGCAGUCAGGUAAGUCUGUGGUUGAAUUUUCUCAGAAUAUUUAUCUAAACUACCAACACCAGCCAGGGGCUUGUGUGAUGCUACCAUUUUUCUCCCUCUCUGUCUCUCUUCCUCUCUCUCUCUCUCUCUCUCUCUCAGGUCCGUCCCCUUCAGAUUUCCAUUGUGAGUAAUCUAAAAAUGAUUCCCCACUGGGCACAGAUGUCAAUUCAACGUGUAUUCCAAGUUGGUUCAACGUAAUUACAUUGUCAUGACGUGGAAACAAUAAUGAUUUAAACAGUGUGUUCCCAGUAGGUCUUUACUCUGUUUCAAUUGCAGAAAACCACACUACAUGCACAGAAAUUAUGGUCACAUCAGACAUACUGUAUAUUCAAAUGUCAUGAGAAGAAACCCCUAACUGACACAACCAAUUUGCCUCAGUGCAGUUUGUGGUCACCUAUCACCAAAAAUCUGACCAUUAUUUAUGGUCUGUUUAUUUUAGGUCCGAAUAAGAGAUUUAUAUUUUAGUCAUUUAGCAGAUGCUCUUAUCCAUCAUACAGGCACAAUUAGGGCAUAUAAACAUAUGUUUCACCUAGUCAGCUCAGGGAUUCGAAACGGCAACCUUUCAGUUACUGGCCCAACGCUAUUACCUGCUAAGCUACCUGCCGCUUUUGAACUUUGACAAUGGCAGGUGCUGUCUGUCUCUCCAGCAGUAGUUGAAGGGGAAAGAUGUAUCACCAUACCAUUCUCGCUCUCUCACUCUCGCUCUCUCAGGUCCAUCCCCUUCAGAUUCAAAUUCCCAUUGUGAGUAAUCUAAAGAUUAUUCCUUACUUUGUUUCAGUUGCAAAACGAGUCAUAAUACGUAUUUGUAAAACAAAAAGUCAGUGCCCGUAAAGUGUUUCUCCCUUUCCCUUCCUCUUAACUCAAACAGCUGACUUGACAGUGCGCCUAGUUGAUGGUCCCAAUCGCUGCUCUGGCAGGGUGGAGGUCUACAAGGAUGGGAGUUGGGGGACAGUCUGUGAUGAUAACUGGGCUUUGCUAGAUGCCCAAGUUGUGUGUAGGGAGCUGAGCUGUGGACCAGCCACAGAGGCUCCUCACCAGGCUCACUUUGGUGAAGGGAGUGGCUCAAUCCUAUUGGAUGAUGUGGCGUGCAUGGGAAGUGAGGGAUCUUUACUGGAAUGCAGGUCUGGAGGGAUAGGAAACCAUGACUGUGGCCAUGAUGAAGAUGCCAGUGUGACUUGCAUGAUGGGUAAGUCUGUCUACAAUUACAGUAGACAAAAAUAGUUUAUGUUCAGAUUAAUUAAGGAUCAUUUAUUACCUGUUUUUCACAAUAUCUCACUCUCGUUGUCAAUUUCCCUUCUCCAUAUUUUCCUAACCUCCAAUUCAAGAACAAGAGGACCCAUUUAGAAACAGUAAGAUCAAUUCCAUACAACUAUAUUAUAAGUGUAUCAUGCGGGGCAGUGGGGUACGGUGUGUGAUGAUGACUGGGACGUGAGCGAUGCUGACGUGGUCUGCGGACAGCUCAGCUGUAUGUGGGCUAUGGAUGCCCCCGGAUGGGCCUGGUUUGGUAUGGGAGUUGGUAUUCCUAUUCUGCUGGACAACAUGGCCUGUGUUGGAACAGAGGACUCUCCCUUUGACUGGCCCUCUGAUGUGAUGGGUCAGUACAACUGCAUGCAUCCUGAGGAUGCAAGUGUGGUCUGCUCAGGUGAGAUUAAAGGGGAAGUUCCAUAUUCAACUGUUAGAUGGUUCCUGAUCCUGAAACUAGUUUAUGGGCCAAGAGAACUGUAAUCCAUAUUUCAGUUUCCUUUAAACAGCCACUGUAACCUUUAGUUAAUUUAAAGCACAGUUAGCUUUAUUUAUUUAUAUAGCACUCUAAGGUUACAUACAGUGGGUUCCGAAAUUAUUGACAUCCUUAAUAAAGAUGAGCAAAAAUGACUGUAUAAAAUAAAUCAUUAAAAUACUGAGCUAUAUUGUAUGCUAAAUUUUUUGGGGGAAUUAUAUUAUUUCAUACUAAUAUAACUGCUCAGAGAAAGAGAUUUUAUUGCACAAGUAAUACUUAUUUUCUCUCAAUAGGUAAGGGUCAAUUGUCACAGUGCUUAGUUAAGAGACGGUAGACGGAGUGCUCGUGGAGUGACAUCCUUUUUAUUUAAACUUGUCACACUAAUAAGAAUUCAAAAAUAAACAAGGAGAGACAAGCAUCAAGUGACUUACAUGCUGUGGACACAAUUGCAGACACACACGAACAAUGAUCCACACACAGGUGGACGUGAGAGGUGCCUGAAUACUAUCCCCAAUCAGAGACAAACUCUAGACAGCUGUCUCCGAUUGGGGAUCAUAAACCACCCCUAGUUAUGAUGUGAGGGCUUGACUGUGGUCCUACCACUCCCCCUAGUGGGAGUAAGGCCUAACCACACUCAAACCCUCACAUCAAUACCUUUCAACACCUCACUCUGCGAGGUUAACAGUGCUGAGCCUUUUUCUAAAAUGGUUUAUGAGUUGGAGAACACAUUGGGAGGGAUCUUAUACCAUUACUCCAAACAGGCAACCAGGUUUUUGGUUAAAAUGUCCUGGUACUGGGUAAAGUUCCUGAUGUCAUCGACCUUAACAAGUGCCCCAGGACCAGUGGAAGCAAAACAGCCUCAUAAUAUCAAAGAUCCACUGCCAUAUUUUACAGUAGGUACUGUAUGGGUUAUUUUCUGCUCAUGCAUUCUCAUUUCGACACCAAACCUACCACUGGUGUGCAUGGUCAAAGAGCUCUAUUUUCAUGUCAUCCAACAAAUGUAAACACCUGGAGUUUGCUAAAUGGCAUUGGCACUUGGAUUGGAACCAGUUCUUUAGUCAGAAGACAUAAAAAUAGAGCUCUUUGGCCACGCACACCAGUGGUGGGGUUUGGCGUCGAAAUGAGAAUGCAUGAGCAGAAAAGAACCCCAUACUUACUGUAAAAUAUAGUGGUGUAUUUUUGAUGUUAUGGGGCUAUUUUGCGUCCACUGGUCCUGGGGCCCUUGUUAAGGUCAAUGGCAUAAUCCUGCAGCAACAGGAAAUGUGAAUUAUUAUGUGGAUUAUAAUUAAUGGGCAUUUUUGUUGGGGUUGAUACAUUUUUCGUAAGGGAAACUCAAGUCUGAAAUUUCAAAGUGGAAAUGACAAACUUCAGAAGCCUUCUUAAACCUCAAAUACACUACAUGUUCUAAAUGUCCUGCAUUGCAGGAAAGGUAUCCUACAACAGGGUGAUCAAAUUAAGAUCCUACAUCUGUAAAUUGUCUUCAUGUUCCAUCUACAAAGUUUUCAAAUCAACAACAAUCCCACCCCGUCAUCUUAACAGUUCUCCCUGUCUUUUACAGUUGGCAUUUCCAGCGUGCGUCUGGUCAACGGUCCCAACAACUGCUCUGGUAGAGUGGAGGUGUUCGACUCUGGCCAGUGGGGUACAGUGUGUGAUGAUGGCUGGGAUCAGAGGGAUGCUCAGGUGAUGUGCAGAGAAUUGGGCUGUGGAGAAGCACUAGAGGCCACCAUGAAGAUGCAGGAGUCACCUGCACUG